AUGCCUUUCAGCCUCGCACCUUCGGUAUACGCCGCCACCCCGCUGCCGACUCUGGACCAAUGGAGCACUCUCUGGAGUGCCUGGGACAUUGUCACCAGGGGCAUGCUUCCGAAUGAAGAGCUCCACGACAAGCCCAUCAAGCUUCGCAACGCCUGCAUCUUCUACCUCGGCCAUAUUCCCACAUUCUUGGACAUUCAGUUGAACAAGACAACAAAGAAACAGCCCACGGAGCCAGCCUACUACAUCUCCAUCUUUGAGAGGGGCAUCGAUCCCGACGUAGACAACCCAGAACAUUGCCACGCUCAUUCCGAAGUUCCCGACGAAUGGCCGGCUAUUUCGGAAAUCGUCGACUACCAGCAGAGAGUCCGCUCCCGGUUGCGGGGACUGUACUCCCAUGGAGAGGCGCAUAUUCCGAGGGAUGUUGCCCGAGCAAUCUGGAUAGGCUUCGAGCACGAGGUCAUGCACAUGGAAACAUUGCUUUACAUGAUGCUCCAGAGCGACAAGACUCAGCCGCCUCCUCAUACCGAAACGCCCAACUUCAAAGGCAUGGCUGAAGAAGCGCGACAGGCCCGAGUGGCGAACGAGUGGCAUGGUGUGCCUGCGCAGUCUGUUGUCAUUGGGAUGGAUGAUGAUGAGAAAGUCCUCGACAACAAAGGGUAUUUUGGAUGGGACAACGAGAAACCGUCGAGACGAGUGAAUGUUCACUCCUUUGAGGCCAAGAGCCGCGCCAUCACUAAUGAAGAGUAUGCCAAGUAUCUCUAUGAGUGCCACAUGGAAAAGCUGCCAGCUUCAUGGGUAUCGACUCAGCCUGCCAGCUCGACGACCAACGGUAACGGCCUCACGAACGGCAACACGAAUGGCUACGCCAAUGGUCACACAAACGGCUACGCAAAUGACCAUGUCAACAGCCAUUCUGGUAGUGAAACUUCACUGCCGACUCCAUAUGUGGAUGGCAUUGCCGUCCGCACUGUCUACGGGCCUGUACCAUUAAGUCAAGCCCUGGAUUGGCCCGUCGCCGCUUCUUAUGAUGAGAUUGCCGGGUGCGCUGCCUAUAUGGGAGGCAGGAUCCCCACAUAUGAAGAAGCUAAGAGUAUAUACGCCUACGUCAACCGUCUCAAGCGCCGAGAGGCUGAACACAAACUCGGAAAGACGGUUCCCGCCGUCAACGGGUACGCCAUGUUGUCUGCACCUAAUGUUUCGGGGAGUGCUUUGACUGACUUCCCCCAAACAGGCAUCUCUCCAAUAAAUGGCGUCCAGGGAACGCCCCCAUCCGCCCUCAAUUCUCUGCUAUUGAUGAGAGUCGCUUCGGACCUCUUCGUCAAUCUCGAGGGUACCAAUGUUGGCUUUCAGCACUGGCACCCUACACCUGUGACGGCCGGUGGGGGGCGCCUUGCGGAGGCAGGCUGA